AUGUCCCCCGAAACACCUCACCACCAGAUAUGUCCAUUUGACGCGAGCGUCGCGGCGGGAGAAGAGACUACGAAAAGUCUGCCGAAAAUGGAAGGCAGCCCCCAGGACCAAGAAGACAUGACCCGAAUGGGCAAAAUACAGGAGCUGAAGCGCAACUUUCGUCCUCUUGCUGCGUUGAGUUUCUCGGCCGUUCUCCAAGCAACCUGGGAGUUUAUACUCAUCUCCAACUCUCAAGGUCUCGAAAAUGGUGGCCUCGCUGGUAUUUUCUGGUCCUACAUCUGGACAUUCGUUGGAUUCGGCUUCAUCAUCAUUUCUCUAGCCGAGAUGGCCUCAAUGGCACCAACUUCGGGAGGUCAGUACCAUUGGGUUUCGGAGUUUGCCUCGCCUCGCUACCAAAAGUUCUUGAGCUACACAACUGGUUGGAUGUCUGUCCUUGCGUGGCAGGCAGGUGCUGCUUCGGGGUCUUUCCUCACCGGGACUAUCAUUCAAGGGCUCAUCACCGUUCGCGAGCCUCGAUAUGAGCCACACAAUUGGCAAGGAACUCUCUUCGUGUUUGCGAUGAUUGCAGUCAUCUAUUUCUUCAACGUCUACGCGGCGAGUUGGAUGCCGCGAAUCCAAAACUUGCUUCUCGCUUUGCAUUUGCUAUGCUGGGUUGUCGUCGUUGUCGUUCUUUUUGCAAUGGCCCCUCACAAUCCGGCGAAAAGAGUCUUCACUGAGUUUAAUAACGGUGGUAAUUGGCCCUCCAUGGGCAUCAGCUUGAUGAUUGGGCAGAUCACUGCUAUCUAUGGAUCCUUAAGCUCGGAUGCCACCGCACACAUGUCUGAGGAGGUUAAGGACGCAGGUCGAUACGUACCAAUAGCGAUUGCGUGGGGAUACUUUGGAAACGGAAUCUUGGCUCUGGUCAUUAUCGUUGGCUUUCUUUUUGCCCUGCCAUCUGUUCCAGAUGCGCUCAGCGACAGCACUGGCUUUCCGUUCCUCUAUGUCUUCAAACAGAUCUUCUCGACAUCUGGUGUGAACGGGCUGACGGCAACCAUAUUGAUCCCGGUCAUCUUCAGUAAUAUUCUCUUCAAUGCAUCGACGGCCCGUCAAACAUAUGCUUUUGCACGCGAUCGCGGACUGCCCUUCGCAAAAUGGAUAAGCUGGGUUGAUACCAAGCGACGGAUCCCAGUACGCGCCAUUGCACUCUCAUGCUUGGUCAGCGUGUUCUUGUCCCUCAUUAAUAUUGGCUCACUGGUCGCAUUUAAUGCCAUCAUAUCGCUCAAUGUUGCAGCACUGAUGUACACAUACGCAGUGUCUAUCAGUUGCGUGAUAUAUCGGAAGAUCGCCUGCCCUGAAACGUUACCAUCUCGGCGUUGGAGUCUCGGUCGCUAUGGGCUCGCUAUCAACAUUACAGGGCUCUUGUAUGUACUCUUUGCACUUUUCUGGUCUUUCUGGCCACCGAGUCCUUCCCCCAAGGCCAGGGACUUUAACUGGAGCGUUGUGAUAUUCGCCGGCGUAUUCAUCAUGAGCCUGUUGAUGUACAUGGCACAAGGCAAGCGACACUAUGUCGGACCCGUUGUGACGAUUCAACGGCAUGAUUAA